GAGUCUCAGCGUCACCACCACCGCUGAUGAGCUGUCCUCGGUGCGAGCGAUCACUGCGUCGUCGUCCGUGACGCUGUCUCUCGUCGAUGACCCUCACCAUCCUCGUCUCCUUUUCUCUCCUUGCGCUGGUCGUAACAGCGCGCCCCAUCGUAUCCAAUGAUACCCCCGAAGUCGUAGAUUCAUUUCACGACGUUCAAAAUGCUGUCCAAGCCAUCUUCGAGUCACGUACGGGUGAGAGCCUCGCGUGUCUAUCAUGCGAUGGCGAUCAAGAUGUGCACAUCCACCUGACCUCGAGCGACGAGCAGGACGCGUAUUUGGCUCGCCUGCAGGAAACACCGGAUGCCGUCAAAGCGGUGCUGCCUCUUAGUCCGGAUGGCGACCUUUCCGACGACGAGAGACGGAUAUACCACAUCCUGGGUAGCCAGCGCACAAGCCUUCUUGACGACUUGGAUGGCGAACAGGAUCGUUUACCAGAGCUGCAAAAGGCGGAAGACCUCGAGCCUCUGACGGAACCCGACGCGACAGAGGAGAGCCUGCGGCCGUCGUCAGAAGAUGCAAUGUCUCCUUCCUUGCUUGUCCUCGCCAUCUCCUGUAUUGCUGCGCUUCUUGCCAUGUUGUGCAUCGCCGUUACGUGGUACCUUAUCCGUUGGUAUCGUUCGCUGCUGCUCCAACUCGGCUGGGAUGUGCUGCCACAGCUCAAGAAAGGCUCUUCCAUUCGUCUCCCCGAUGAUAGCGACUUUUCAACAGAGUGCAAGGUUGUCAUUGACCGUGAGACGUCUCUGAGCGCUGCACUGAACGAGAAGUCGUCGUCGGUUUCGGAUGAGAAAGUCCAACCCGUGCAAGAGACGUCUCUGCUCUUCACCGGCCAAGACGUACCAGAACAACCCUUUAUCACGCAUCCUGAUCCGGAAUUGCUGCCUCUGCCUACACUGCCGUCCCCGUUCCCCUCGUCAUCUCAACCGUCCCGACCGGUAUCACCAUCCCCACGGCCCUCUCCUCUCCGCCGACCGCUUCACAUGCGCGAGGUUGUUUCCCCUUCGCCGAUCUCCCAGCCCGCCUGGGCCCUGCGCGCGACGGACUCGCCCACGCUCGGGCUGCACAGUCUCCGGCCGACGGCCGUGUCCUCGCCGCGCAUACCUGGCGCGCUGUUCGACGACGACGAGGAACAGACGGCCGCCCAUCGUCGGGCGUACCGUGCGCCGGUGCCGGAGCUCGAUAUUGCAUUUGCGCUGCAGCUCCGCCCUGGCCUUGGGGUGGGCGCCGAUCCCGCGUGGUUGGUGCGCUUCCUAAUGGCGAUGUUUGGAUGGAUGACGGUGCUCAUUGGCGGAGGCGGCGCCAGGGCGGGCAUGCGCCACUAACCCACUCGCUCGGUGUAUUUUAGCCACCACCACUCAUUCCUUCAUUUAUACCUGCGUUUUAUCUUUGUUCUGAAUACCAGUCGCACACAAUCGUUAUUUGUUGUCUACGUAGGCCGUGUGGCGUCUAUUUAACCCACGUGAAUGCGAGCCGCGCGCCUGGCGGACAACCGCCACUUUACUCAUGCCGCCGCGACCGCUGUCCAAGUCGAGCUCAACGUCGUUUCGCCCAACCAAUGAUGCAGCCACAUAUCGCGACCUGUUGCUGUUUGAAGAGCGGCUCAAGA